GUUCAAUUUGAUAUUUGUUGCAUUUAGUAAUAUAAUUGACAUCAUGGCUAAGAUUAUAUUUUUGACUACCAUAAUGUUUCUAAGUCCUUACUUAUCAGAGCAGACAAAAACAUUGGAAGAUAAAAUAGUUUUUGAAAAUAGUAAAUUCACUAGAAUAUUGAAGGUAAGUAACUGUAAAAAAUUUAAAAAUAUCUUGAGAAUGUGGCUGAUGGUGAUUUGGACGCCGCAGGAUGUGCACAUUAGGAUUAGGGGUUCUUCCUUGACCAUUAGGAAACUGUGGGAGAUUUGCGUGUCUCUGGUAUCAGACAACCGUAUUAACAGGACAUAUUUUGAUGCAAGAAAACGCUGGCCCCACUGCAAAACGAUUGGCGAAGUCCACAAUCAAGUAUUCUCCAACAUGGAUACGGCAUAUGCCACAACUGGAGCAUUAGCAGACAGAAUGUGCAUAAAGACCAAUGAAAAAUAUAAUCAAAUCCUAUCCACCGAAGAGCUAAUUUCUUGCAGUGGUCAAAAUUUUAGUAAUUUUGUUCCUGAAUACAAAGCUUAUGAAUUUUUCAAACGUCACGGUGUGGUCUCGGGUGGAAAAUACAACACUAACAAUGGAUGUCAACCCCUCAGAGUUCCACCAGUUUUUGAGCUACCAAAAAAUCAUGGCCAACAUAAAUGCAUGAAACAUUGUUACGGUAACAAAUCGAUCGACUACGACCAUGAUCAUGUAAAAAGAUCAAAUUUAUUCGAUAUUCAAAAGGAAAUUCUAGCGCACGGUCCAGUAGUAGUUUCUUUCUUGAUGCACGAUGACUUUUUCUUUUACAAAAGUGGUGUUUAUAAAAAGGCUUCCAACUCAAUACUUGUAAGAGUUUCUUAUGCUAAGUUAAUUGGAUGGGGAGUCGAGAAUGGUGUAGACUAUUGGUUGUUAGUCAACUCUAUGGGCUAUGAAUGGGGAGAAAAUGGACUUUUUAAAAUCAAAAGGGGCACAGAUGAAUGCCGUAUCGAAUCAUGGAUCACAGGAGUUGUUCCUGAUGUUAAAUAA